CUCACAGGAGGAGGCGACACAGGUGAUGUCGGGAAGAAGAUAAAGGCAGACGAAGAUGAGCUGAUCAAAAAGCGAUAUCAUUUCACCGUCUGGCUCAUGUGUUCCUUCGUUUUGUCCGAUGAAGCACAGUGUCCUUUCAACUGCACAUGUUUUAACAGAUCUGUGAUGUGCGAGGACUCUGACGAGAUCAAACUACCUCUAGAAGUGCCUAGAAGGACACAGAUCCUGACUUUAAACAAUGUAAACAUGUCAGUAUUGAUAGAGAGAGCGUUUUCAGCCAACGGGACAAAUGCGCACAGUCUCCAUGAGCUGUCAUUGCGGGACAACAACAUACAAGUGAUUCAAAGUUGCGCGUUUUGUGGACUCCACAGACUCCAUUUGUUAGACUUGAGUCGCAAUCGUUUAGAGGAUGUGCAUCCUGAAGCUUUUUCUGAGUUGAAUCAGCUGCGUAAUCUGAAUCUCAGUUACACUUUAACUGCAGCGGGUGCGAAUCAGCUAUCGAGCGCACUGGACAGUCUGAGCAAUCUCCAGAUUCUGGACCUUUCUGGAAACCGUUUGAAGACUAUCCCUCUUUCUGGGUUUGGGAAAUUCAGUUUAACCAUGCUCAACCUCACGCAUAAUUCAAUCACAACAUUGGAUACCAAUGAGCUAACUAAAUUAAGCGAGUACAGGGAAAUGCGCGUUUACUUGUCGCACAACCCGUUCGACUGUAGAUGUGACAGACUGAGGGAGUUUCACGAUUGGCUGAAGAACAGCUCGCAGUGCGCAGACUCCAAAAACUUGAGAUGCGCGCUACCCAAAGUGCAGAAGGAUUUACGCGUGGAGAGCGUGGACUGUAAAAACGUGGGCUCUUUUGUUCUUCUUGGCAUUGUGCUGGCGCUCAUCGGCGUGGUGUUCCUUAUGGUGUUGUAUUUGAACAGGCGAGGCAUUAAAAGGUGGCUCAACAACAUUAGAGAGGCCUGCCGGGAUCAAAUGGAGGUGUAUCAUUACAGAUAUGAACAGGACUCCGAUCCAAGGUUGACAAACGUUGCUGUUUAA